AUGAAGUAUGCCUGGGGGGCUGGUGGGCUGAUGGUGGCUGCCAGUGCAGUCGUCGCUCAAAACCCAGAUUGUUACGAAGAAAAGGGAAAUUGGUAUUGCAAUGAGGUCGGAGCCAUUUCAUAUUCCAACUUCGGUACUGCUGGUCAGUACCAAAAAGUCACACAGAUGGGACCAAAUGGCGAAUGUACAUUUGCCGACCAAUCGUAUCACGGAGGAAUGGCACCCAUGGACGGUGAGGUAUCCUGGCAUUUUCGAGGCCCUAUCCAUUUGAAGCAAUUUGCAUUUUAUACUUCAGGAUCCAGUGAGACAAAAAGGUCAAUUCAUCCUCCUCCCAUUCAGCGUCGCCAUGCGCAUCAGCAAUUGCAUCAUCAUCAUCACAACCACGCCGCCAGAGAGGUUCAUGAUGAGGAUAUGGAUAUUGUCGGGGAGAAGCGCGCAGUGGGCGAUGUGGUUAUCGCUACUAUAAAUGGGAAGGUCGUGACUUGGACCAACGAAUAUGACGGAUCUGCCCCAGCAACAGCAGCCACAGCAGCUCCAGCGGCUGAGGAAGCGGUCACUCUCGCGACUGCGGUAUAUGGCUCUCCGACGGCUGCCCCCAGUAUGAAUGUCGGUCCGGGACAAUGGGGAAGACAAGCAUAUUACAAUGCCGAACAGGGUAUUGCAGAUGGACUGGUUUUCCUGAAUCACCAUGGGGGCCAAGGAUCCGGUGUAUUUGAUACUGUGUGGGGCAUGUCGCUCUCGUAUGCUUCCGCCGAUAACAGCGCCGGUUCACCAUCACCAGUGACGCUGGCAGAUACUUUGAUCGGCGAUAACAGUGAAUUUGUCUUGAUGACAGACAAACCAUGUUCGGAUGGUGGAUGUGGAACAGUCAGAGAUGGCACUGUCGCUUAUCACGGAUUUGACGGAGCAUCGAAACUGUUCCUUCUCGACUUCAGCAUGCCACUUUCGGGAGCCACCGGAUUCAACGCUGACAUGCCCGCAGCUUGGAUGCUCAAUGCUCAGAUUCCUCGAACAUUACAGUACGGAAAAUGCUCAUGCUGGGAUUCUGGAUGUGGUGAAUUCGACGUCUUUGAGGUCUUGGAUUCUGGCAAUCAGAAAUGCAAAUCCACUUGGCAUGGAGUUCACUCCCUCGGAGAUUCGAACUGGUUCCCACGACCGAUCAGUGGAACCAAGAAAGUUGCGGUUCUGUUUGACGGGAGUUCAAGCACUGCCCAUAUCAUUGUCCUUCGAGAUGACACCAACUUCGAUGCCAGCAUUGCUGAAUCCACGGUAGCGGGUUUCCUCAAUUCGAUAUCAGAUCCCAAGUUGCAUAUUAAGGUCGCUCUGGCAGGAUAA